UAUCUUGAUGACUACAACAUGAACUCAUCCAAAGAAAUGAAGCUUGUUUUCUUUAUGGACGCAAUAGAGCACGUCUCGAGGAUUGCUCGUAUGGUUCGUCAGCCAAGAGGAAACGCCCUGUUGGUUGGUGUUGGAGGUACAGGGAAGCAAAGCUUAACAAGGUAAAAAGACACUGACUGACUAGCCCUUGAACGUUGAAUGCAGUCGGCUUUCUUUGCGCUAGAAAACCGUCGUACCAGGAUAAUCUCGAAUUCAAAUGUCGCUCAUAACAUCCUAUGUCAGCAUUUUCGUAGUCACACCGUAUUUCUUCUACCCUCUUUUCUUUUCCAUACUCCAUCCUCAUUAAUAUUCAGGAGCCUUCUUCCUCCAAGAGACUGCGUUUAGCUUGGUUUCCGCCAAGAAAAGCGUAGACCAUCAGCUUUAAGUCUUUGAUGAUGGUGUAUUUUUAAUGUUUCCUCUUCCUCUUUCUCUUCCUCUUCCUCUUCCUCUUCCUCUUCC